AAAUAUCCUUCUUUUAUUUAUUUAUUAAAAAAAUUAAAAAAUUAAAAAAAAUAAAAUAAUUCAAAAGCAUAUUUCCUAAAUAAUUACACUUAUUUAUAUUUAAUUAAAUAAAAUUAUUUUUUUUUAAAAUAAAAAAUUUUUUAUCAUUUCCCAUUUAAUUUUUUUUUUUUAAAUUUUUUUUAUUUUUUUAUAAAUCACAAUAACAUUUAAUACCAGUAAAUAAAUAUCAUAUUUUUUUUUAAAAUUUUAUUUUUUUAAUUUUCUUUUUUUUCUUUUUUUUUUUUUUUUCAAUUUUUCAAAAAAAAAUUAAUUUUUAUUUUUUUUCAAGUUCAACAAAUCAACACAAAUGAUGUCUGAUGCAAAUAUAUUUCAACCUCCAAACUUCCCAGCAAAAAGUCAUAUCUCUUCAAUUGAAGAAUAUAAUAAAUUAUAUAAAGAAUCAAUAGAAAACCCAAAUGAUUUUUGGGAUAAACAAGCUAAAAAUUUUUUAACAUGGUUUUCAGAUUAUACACAAGUUACAUCAGGAUCAUUUCAAAAUGGCGAUGUAUCAUGGUUUUUAAAUGGUAAAAUUAAUGUCUCAUACAAUUGUAUCGAUAGACACUUAAAAGAAAAUAAAGAUAAAGUUGCAAUUAUUUUUGAAGGUGAUGAAGCAACACAAGUUCAAAAAAUUACAUAUUAUGAAUUAUAUUUACAAGUUAAUAGAUUAGCCAAUGUAUUAUUAUCAUUAGGAAUAAAGAAGGGCGAUGCAGUUGCAAUUUAUUUACCAAACACUCCAAUCGCAAUUUACUCAAUGUUGGCAUGUGCUAGAAUUGGAGCAAUUCAUUCAGUAAUUUUUGCAGGUUUUGGUUAUGAAUCAAUUGUUUCAAGAGUUGAUGACGCUAAAUGCCGUCUUAUUAUUACAGCUGAUGAAGGUUUACGUGGUGGUAGAUAUAUUCCAUUAAAAGAGAAAAUUGAUCAAGUUGUAAAACAUUGCAAAUCGGUAGAACAUGUCUUGGUCUUUAAAAAUACUGGUCGUCAUGUAAAUUUUAACUCAUCCAUUGAUAUUUGGGCAGAUGAAGCUAUGGUUGAGCAACGUCCUUAUUGUCCACCUGUAUUUUUAGAUUCAGAAGAUCCAUUAUUUAUUCUAUAUACCAGUGGUAGCACAGGUAAACCAAAAGGUUUGGUUCAUACCCAAGCAGGUUAUCUUUUAUAUGCUGCCAUGACCCACAGAUAUGUUUUCGAUUAUCAAGAUGACGAUAUUUAUGCAUGUAUGGCAGAUGUAGGUUGGAUUACAGGUCACAGUUAUAUAGUUUAUGGUCCAUUAGCAAAUGGUGCAACUACAUUUAUAUUUGAAGGUACACCACUUCAUCCAACCCCUGCAAGAUAUUGGGAAAUGGUCGAACGUCACAAAAUUACUCAAUUCUAUACUGCCCCAACUGCAAUCCGUUCCCUUAUGAAAUUCCCAGUCUCAUUUACCGAAAGUUCAGAUAAAAGUUCACUAAGAGUUUUAGGCUCAGUUGGUGAACCAAUUAACCCAGAAGCCUGGAGAUGGUUUUAUAAUCAUGUUGGCCAAGAGAAAUGCGCAAUCGUUGAUACUUAUUGGCAAACUGAAUCUGGUGGUCAUCUCAUUUCACCACUUCCAGGUGCAACACCAAUGAAACCAGGAUCAGCAACAAAACCAUUCUUUGGUAUAGAAUUACGUGUUUUAGACUCAAAAACUGGUCAAGUUAUUACAGGUGAAAAAGAAGCAAGUGGUGUUUUAGCAGUUGCAAGACCAUGGCCAGGUAUGGCUCGUACAGUAUUUCAAUCACACUCUCGUUAUUUAACAACUUAUAUGAACCCAUAUCCAGGUCAUUAUUUCACAGGUGAUGGUGUAAGACGUGAUAACGAUGGUUACUAUUGGAUUGAGGGUCGUGUAGAUGAUGUUAUCAAUGUUUCAGGUCAUCGUUUAGGUACUGCAGAAUUGGAAAGUGCUUUGGUUGGUUGUUCAUUAUGUGCUGAAGCUGCCGUUGUAGGUUUCCCACACGAUAUUAAAGGUCAAGGUAUUUUAGCAUUUUGUACUUUAAAACAAGGUUAUGAAGAAGAUGAGUCAAAUGUAAUUGCCCUCUUAAAAAAAGAAGUUAGAACCAUUAUUGGUCCAUUUGCAACUCCUGAUGUAAUCAUUAUCACACCCUCACUUCCAAAAACUAGAUCUGGUAAAAUUAUGAGAAGAAUUUUAAGAAAGAUCGGUGCCCAUGAAUCAACUCCAGAACAAUUGGGUGAUAUUUCAACUUUGGCCGAGCCUGAAGUUGUUCAACUUUUAAUUGACAAAGUUUCAAAGGUUAUUCCAAAAACUCAUUAAUAAAAAGUAAUAAAAUAAAAAAAAUAAAAAAAAUAAAAAAAUAUAGCAUAGAUUAUUUUUUAUUUUAAACACC